AUCUUUGCAACCAUCUCCUACAGAAUUCUCGCUACCAUGUUACACUUUGCUGUCUUUACCACACUGGUUUGUGCAGUGGCAUCUCAAUAUGCAUCAUUUCAACAAUACCAGCUCUUGAAUGGCUUAGUUCAGCCACCAAGCAGCCAAGGUGUGAACCCGUUGUCCAAUUCUCCACCCACCUCUGGUUCAAGUGGGCCCGUUCUUAAUGGUUUGGGUUCAACAGGCUUUAACCCUUUGCAACUGUUGAAUUCUGGUCGGCCACAAGGUGUUGGAACAAUACCAACUAGCAUUAAUGGUGGAAACUGCAAAGUCGACUGUGAGGACAAAUCCCCGAUUUGCUACCGAUUCAAAUCUGAUUGUUUAAGCGUUGUUGGAAUAGUUUACAUUCGAAACUUAUGCCCUCGCACGUGUAGUGUGUGUACCCCAUGUUCCCCAACGUAUAGACCCUGCAUGCCGGAGGGCUGCGUGGAUCAACUUGGCUGUCUGCUGAUGGCAAAAGAUUGUCAACAUCCACAAAAAGGCUGGUGGGCAAGAAGAACUUGUCCAGCUACAUGUCAGGUUUGCACCCCGUGUCUUGCCCCUCCCCCGACCCAGAUACAAGCCAAAAGUUGUUCCAAUGAAUGUGAAGAUGAACGAACAGAUUGCAAUUACCUCGCAACCGCUCGCAACUACUGCAGUCUCACCUCGCAAUACAGAGAAUGGAUGAAAGCAAAAUGCAAAAAAAGUUGUCAGAUUUGUACCAAAUGUAGUUCACCGUCUUCCUCACCCUUAAUUCGACCUCCCGGCCAACCUUCUUCCGUUAUUCGACCCCAGGGCCCAUCUUCACCCCUAAUUCGACCCCCCUCUAUUCCUGGGUUCAACAUUUCACCUGUGGAUCCAAGAUACAGAACUACAACAACACUCAGACCCACAACAACAACAACAACAACAACUACUACAACUGCACCACCAACAACAACAACUACUACAACUGCACCAACGACAACAACAACAACCACCACUGUUUAUUCAAGUGAAUCACCAACCCCUAACUCAAUUUCUCCUUCAAUUAAUGCUGAAGGUGUAUGUGUUAGACAAUAUGGAAACACUGUACAAGAUCGUUGUUUGAACACUCAUAACUACUUUCGCUGCCUGCAUGGCGUGCCACCACUAACAUACAGUGAUGAACUGCAAUUUUCUGCACAAAUGUAUGCCAACUUUAUGGCUUCUGAUGGAAAAGUGGGUUACCAAUCUGUGCAGCCAUCCAUUAUUGGAAUACAUCGCGAGGAGUUCAUUGGAGAAAACUUAGCAUGGCAUAUGCAGCGUGGUAAUAAAUAUAACAUUUUAAAAGCAACCUCUGACUGGUAUGGAGAAGGAUUGUAUUUUGAUUAUGUUCAUCCUGAAAGUUCUACCAAAAAACACUUUACGCAAGUUGUGUGGAAAAACACCACCCAAGUUGGAUGUGCUGUUGCACGUAUUGGUUUUCAAGUUUAUGUAGUGGCUCAUUAUAAAUAUGCAGGCAAUAUACCUGGACUGUUUGCUGAGAAUGUGAAGCCAAAGUUGCCAAAUGUAUGCUCAGCUCACUGUUCUGUUGGGCGAUGCCAGGGACAUGACGGUCUCUCAUCCACUUGUGCUUGCGGGAGGCGUAUGGCUUUACCAACCUGUACAGGGAAUUGCGUGGUAUAUUGCCCAAAGCCUGCAUCGCAUGUUGGGUUAUGGGAGAGAACAUGUACUGGAAGACGUAGCUGUCAAUGUAUUCCAUAUGGAAGAGGUGCAAGAUAUCCAGGAGCUUACUGUACUUGAAAGUUUUUGUUCUACAUAUUCUGUCUUUAUCUGAAGUACUUGAUGGCAACUGAACGUUUCUAUUUAUUUUACUCAUAUUUUCGUGCCUUUUUGCUUUUUCCUUCUUUUUAAUCCAGUCGCGUAAUAAGCUACAUGUUGACAGGAUAUUUUUAUCAAUAAAUGAGAAGUAGUGUAUAUUAAUCUAGUUUAUGAUAUCCCUAUUCUCUUUAUAUAAUUAUUAUUUUACCUGUACUGCAUUUCUUUACGCGUUUAUUUCAGCAUAAAAUACACAACAAUGUUGCACAGU